AUGCAUCCCCUUGUUCCUUAUUUACUUGGACAGGAGCACCCUGAAGGUAGGCGUUUAGUAAACUGUCAACGUUGUAUUCGAACAAAGGACAUAGAGGAUGUAGGUGAUGCAUCUCACCUUACUUUUUUUGAAAUGCUAGGAAAUUGGUCGCUUGGAGAUUAUUUUAAGCAGGAAGCAAUAGAAAUGAGUUUUGAGUUCCUUACGAGCUCUCAGUAUUUAGGUGUAGCAGUGGAGGAUAUAGCAGUUACAGUGUUUGCUGGUAACGCUCAUGUAGCAGCAGAUGAAGAAUCAGCACGUAUGUGGGAAGCUGUAGGUAUUCCCCGUAGCAAAAUAUUUUUUCUCGGCGAAGAACAUAACUGGUGGGGCCCAGCUGGACAAACCGGUCCCUGCGGUCCGGACAGCGAGAUAUUUAUUGACACAAAGAACAACAAGGAUUCUCAUAGUACGCCUGGCACAGACGAUGGAAGAUAUGUUGAAGUAUGGAAUAAUGUAUUCAUGCAAUAUAACAAGACAGCAGCAGGAGGUUUUCUUCCUUUACAGCGAAGAUGUGUAGACACAGGCAUGGGACUGGAACGCAGCGCAGCUAUAUUGCAAAAAAAGCAGUCUGUGUAUCAUACAGAGCUUUUUAUUCCUAUCAUCCAACAUAUAGAGACAUUAAGUUCAGAGCGCUUUGAUGUCGACGAGCGGAAAACCCGAGCUAUGCGUAUUAUAGCAGACCAUAUACGAGCAGCUGUGUUUAUCCUUGGAGACCAGCGUGCUAUACUUCCUUCUAAUAUCGGACAGGGAUACAUACUCAGACGUCUUAUUCGCAGAGCUAUGCGUUUUGGAAGACAGCUGGGCAUAGAAUCGCUUUUUCUUUCAGAGCUUGCAGAGCUGGUAGUAAAGAUCUAUGCAGUGGAGCAUCCGCGCCUUGAGCAAGAAAAAAGUACUAUUUUCUCUGAGUUACAAAAAGAAGAAAAAAGAUUCUUUCAAACCUUGGAUAAGGGGGAAAGGGAACUUAAAAAACUCUUUGCUGAUAUGCAGUUAAAAGGUAAAAAAAGAAUAGAAGGUAAGGAUUUAUUUCAUCUCUAUGACACGUAUGGUUUUCCUAAAGAAAUAAGUAGCGAACUAGCACAUGAGCACAACUUAGAAAUAGACGAGGAAGGUUUUGCGCAAGCCUAUAACGAACAUCAAGCAAAGUCAAAAACUGACGUAAAACAAACGUUUAAGGGUGGCUUACAAGAUGCUUCAGAGGUAGUGGUACGUUUGCACACAGCUACCCACCUUCUGCAUCAGGCGCUUCGUAUAGUUUUAGGUUUACAUGUUUCGCAAAAAGGUAGCAACAUUACAAAAGAACGGCUACGCUUUGAUUUUUCUCAUCCUAAUAAAAUGACUGAGGAGGAGAUAUCGAGGGUUGAGGCUAUGGUAAAUGACGCCAUCCAAGCCUCUCUCCCCAUACGCGUUGAAACAAAAUCCUUGGAAGCCGCAAAAAAAGAAGGGGCCCUCGCUUUCUUUACGGAUACAUAUGAUGAAAAAGUUACUGUGUACUCCAUAGGAGAUUUCUCUAAGGAAGUCUGUGGUGGUCCACAUGUUGAAAAUACCAAAAAACUAGGUUUUUUUAAGAUAGUAAAAGAGCAGUCCUCGUCUAUGGGAGUGCGAAGAAUAAAAGCAACAUUAGAGUGA